CAGGAUUAAAGUCUCAAAAGUUUCUUGAGUUACAUAAUGUGGAACGAAAACUGUAGCAAGGUUAAGGUGUUAAACGUGAUAAGAACUUUCUGGUGAUAAAUGUAGUAUCGAGACGCUCAUCUCGUAAUUAGUGGUACUAAUUAUCGAAAAUAUUUGAGGAUUUUAGCUACUACAAUCCAGUCGAAGCAAUAUGGCUCUCAAUUUGAGUGAGGAAGAGCGUGCCAUGAUGGGCUAUACUUCAAUCGAGAAUCCAUCAGACGCCGAGAACAACAAUGUAAAUAAUAACAAUGUAAAAAAUGAAAAGAGAGUUUCGAAUGAAAAAAAAUCGACUGUACAAUACUCAAAUUCAAAAGGAGUGCUCGCGCAGUGUUUAGUCACAGGUGCAGUAUUAUUGGUGGCAACGGGAGGCGGUAUGCCAAUUGGUUAUAGCGCAGUUUUGUUACCUCAAUUGUCAGAAGAAAAUAGUACCUUGCAUGUGGAUCGCGAAACUGGUUCUUGGAUAGCUGCAGUUCACAGUCUGGCAACUCCUAUCGGGUCGCUGUUAUCAGGACCGUUUCUCGAUGCAAUUGGUCGACGAGGAUGCCUUCAAUUGUCGGUAAUUCCUCUGUGCAUAGGCUGGUUGAUUAUUGGUCUGUCAAGGAAUGUAACUACCAUUUUAGUAGGAAGAGUUAUCUGCGGUUUAUCUGUAGGAUUCUUGGCGGUACCCGCACAGGUACUGGUAGGAGAAACAGCAUAUCCGAGUCUCCGUGGCUUCCUGGUGGUUGGUUCGUUUGGUGCAUACUGCGCUGGAAUAUUGCUGGUUUAUGCUCUCGGUGCUUCUUUUAAUUGGGACAUCGUGACCUUCUAUGCUAUCAUACUUCCCAUUGCAGCCUUUAUUGCUCUUUGUUUGGUUCCUGAAAGUCCCGUCUGGCUUAUUAGACGAAAAAAAAUAGACAAAGCCAAGAAAGCUCUUUUGUGGCUCAGAGGCGGCGAUAUUGAGCAGAUGCUUGCGGAGGUAGAGCUGUUAGACACGAGCAUAAAAGCCGAUCUUGCUAAGAAGCCCGUAAAUACCUCGCUUACAAAGAAGAUCUCCUCCGCGAUGUCCACAAUUCGCGAUCCGGGCGUGCUAAAACCAUUGAUUAUUAUCAACGUGUUCAAUAUGCUUCAAUUAAGCAGCGGAACUUACAUUAUUGUUUUUUAUGCCGUUGAUAUGGUCAAAGACAUAGGCAACGGCAACAUUGAUAAUUAUUUGGCGGCUGUGGUAACGGCAUUUAUCAGGUUCAUCUUCUCCAUCGUUUCCUGUACUUUGUUACUUAAAAUGGGUAGGCGAACUUUAGGCAUUAUUUCAGCGCUUGGCACGUCCUUGGCCUCGUUGAUUUUAGCGGGAUAUUUGAUUGCCAGGAAAGAGGGAUCUUCCGUGGACGUCUACGUAUUGGCCGUAUGUUUGUUGUUUUACGUCGGUUCUAAUACCAUGGGUCUGCUGACACUUCCUGGACUGAUGAUCGGUGAAUUGAUGCCUCUAAGAGCUCGUGGCAUCGGUGGUGGAUGUAUCUUUUUUAUCUUCAACCUAUUUCUCUUCUUCUUGACCAAAUAUUUUCCACUGGUAAACGAUCUAGUUGGCACAACGGGAAUUUUUGCUCUCUUCGGCAUCUUCUCUCUUUUGGAAGCAAUUUUCAUUUAUCUUGCCCUACCAGAAACGAAGGAUCGUACGCUUCAAGAAAUUGAAGAAUAUUUUCAACAAAGUAACUUUCUGUGGAUAACCAGAACAAAGACAAAAAGAAAGAGCGUACAUGUGCUUACAAAAGCUGAAUCUAAUUGUUUAAUCCCUUUAUCUGAAUAUAAAUAGAACAAAUUAGGAUUUA